GGCAGAGGGCGCAGCCUGCCGGUUCUCCGUCAGUCUCUGUGGAGUCACCGAGCCGCUGCUUCCACCUGCGCGCUGUCCUCGAUGGAGGCUCCGGAGCAGUUCCCGCUUUUCUUCGAGGUGUCCUCCGCCGUGGACGCGGAGCAGCGCCGCAGGAUCCGAAACUACUUCCUCAUCCGCCGCAGGUCCGGAGGAGGAGAGUGCGGCGCCGUCACGCACAUACGCGACAAAGUUCACUGCGUGUUUUUCAGAGAGCGAGAAGCUCAGCAAAGAGUCCUGCAGAGAUGUGAGCAUGUGUUGGAGUUUGCAGGUGGUUCUCUGGUGCUCACUGUCCGGGACAGCCCCGAACCGCAGGGCUCCUCCCCCAUCGCUACCUCAGAUCAUGGCCAGACGUCACCGCAGCAGCAACAGUCUAUUCCUGCCUCCACUCCGCCACCAGGUGGUGAAGAAUGUGAACUACGACCUGAUACCUACCUCCUUCAAUAUCUGAAGGAAUGUCCAAAGGCAGGGGCAGAGCUGGAGGCGGAACUUGCCUCUAUGGACUGCACUGCUCAGCUGUUCCCAGAAGAGGGCAGAGUUUUAGUGAGGAGAUCAGCUCAACCUGCUGCUGGAGCAGAAAGUAGAAGUUUGAGAGCUGAGGUAGACAAACUCUUAGAUGGCUACCACUGCCACUUUGAGUUUGAGCCUCUCAAAGUCAAAGCUUUGCUUCAGUCCUGCAGCUCUGGUCACACCACAGGUGAUGUGAGGGUGUUCGGUGAAAUCGGGAUGGCUGUUGUGGUUGGUAAACGUUCACAGGUCAAUUCCAGGUUGAAGGAUGUAGAAGACUCUACUGUUAAAUGUAGAAGGUCCCGAUUGAGUGAGAAGCAAACCAGCACUCGUCGAUUCAGUGAGGCCAAACUCCGCCUCCUCUGGAGAGAGAUUGAGGACGGUUUGGGACGAAGUUUUCCAGGAGUUAAGGUCACACGGGGAGAUGCAGGUCAGGUGGUUUUAGAAGGGUCUGUGGAGGAUAUUCUGGAGGCUGGAGAUUGGAUCUCUGAUAAACAGAAUCUGGUGUUAGAAAGGAGAGUUCCUAACAUGAGCCCACGUCUCUUGGCCUUCGUGAGGAAGGCUUAUGGAGGUCCAGGGGAGCUGCGGGACUUUCUAGGGGCUGGUGACGAGGUGGAAAUAGAGUUACGAGACACAGAGCUUCGUUUCUUCUCCCUCUCUCCUGAUAAACUGGACGACCCAGUAAAUGAAAUGCAAAAAAAGUUCAAGGAAAUCGAGAUUGACUUACCUAUUAACGCUGCUGCUUCAUCUGAGCUGUGGGAAAAGCUCAAGUCUAAGACAAAUGAGAUGAACCGAGGGCAGUGUAGGGUUCAGGCAGUGUGUUGCUCGGACAGCAGAGUGUGCUUACUGGGCCACACCCGAGAGUUUGAAGAGCUGAAUGAAACUGUCAAAGAGUUUAUUUUGGACCAGUCAAGCAUAGAAAGCAAAGUCAAUCUUCGUUUUCCAGAGUUAGUACAACUCUUACCAGAACUGCUACAGCUGCAUGCAUUUGACUAUUCAGGGGUUAUCCUCCAUCCUUACACUUCUGCCACUGGGCCCAUUGUGGCGCUUGAAGGUCCAUCCGGCAAAGUGGAUGAGGUAAGGAACAGGUUGGGUCUAUUUGUAAACUCCCUUGUUCGGGAGAGAGUCGCCAUCAACCUGCCCGGAGCUCUGAGGUAUUUUGAAAGUCCCUCUGGAAGAGAGAACAUUUCACGUGCUGCUCAGUCUCAGAAGUGUCUCAUAAAGCUUCAAGUUCAACCUCACACGAGACUGAACUUGGAAUCUGGUGCAAGAUUGAGCGAUGGAGUGACAAUAGUUGCGAUCCACAACGUGUGUGAUGGACUGCAGGUUGUGGUGUGUCAGGGUGACAUCACUAAAGUAGUUGCUGAUGCCCUGGUUAACGCGGCCAAUGCAGUUCUGGAGCACUCCGGAGGUGUUGCUGCUGCACUGAGUAAAGCAGGCGGACCUGAAGUACAGAGGGAGAGUAAGACUUUAGUAAAGCAGAUUGGGAAAGUUCCUACAGGUGACGUGGUAGUGACCACAGGGGGGGACUUGCAGUGCAAGAAACUGCUGCAUGCUGUUGGACCAUUAGCUGGACAAGUUGGUGGCAGAGAAAGGUUGUUGCUGGAACAAACUGUCCAGUCUGCUCUGAAUAUGGCAGAGAGGAUGGAGCUCAAGUCUAUAGCCAUGCCCUGUAUCAGCUCGGGUAUAUUUGGUGUUCCAGUGGACUUGUGCGCUGACGCUAUUGUGACGGCUGUCAAACGGUUUUGCGAUCAGGGAGGACGAAGUCUGAGCACAAUCAUGCUGAUCGAUAACAGAGCAGAGGUGGUGAGGGCCAUGCAGCAAGCAUGCGACAGGCUCCUCCAAGGGAUAAGCUCUGUAACUAGUCCACCUAGCGAUUUGAGGUUCCAGAUGGAUGCUGCAGGAGGAGGCACAGCAAGAGGAGCCACUGCUGGAGCUCCUGGAGUUGCUGUAACUGUUGAGAUUGUUCAGGGAACCAUUGAGACCCAGCAGGUGGAUGGCUUGGUAUCUCCUAUGGCUGGCCAUGAUCCUUUCUCUACCCGCAUUGGAAACACCCUGUUGAAUGUGGUCGGACCUCAGCUGACUGCAAAGUUUUCUCAAUGUGCAGGAGGAGUGACAACGAAACCUGGUGACAUAGUCCUGGUGGAGGGCUUGUCUGCACCUGGGUCUAAGGCCCUGAUCUUCCUUAACCUUCUCCCCUGGGAUAAUAACCAACAUGGAAGUGCAGUCCAGGUUCUGAGACAAGGCAUUAGAAAAACUCUGGCUUCCUGUGAGGUUAGAGGAUUUCACUCAGUGGCUCUCCCUGUCCUCGGGACCGGUGUUGUCCUGUGCUUUCCUCACUCCGUGGCUUCCAGGAUUCUUCUGGAGGAGGUCCUUGUAUUCGAACAGAGCCGAGCCAACAGAUCGUCUUUCCUGGUCCGUAUUGUCGUUCACCCCAGGGACAAAGAAUCAAGCAAGGCGAUCCAAUCGGCUCAGGAAACUUUGCAUGUCAGAGGAUUCAGAAAUCAUUCUAAUCCAGAUCACGCUUCCUUUUACCGAAAUGUCUCGGGGACUAACAAUGAGGUCACAGCCAUGCUGGGUGGAGUCAAACUUCAGAUGGUCCUCGGCAACAUUGUAACUGAGGGCACUGAUGUCAUCGUCAACACAACUGACUUCAAAAAUCAUUCAGGUGUCUCCGGUGCUAUUCUGUCUGCAGCAGGGCAACAGGUUCAAGCCCAGUUAGCACAAAUGGGCAUUCCUGCAGACUUAAUGUGCACCACAGGACCCGGGUUGCUUGGUUGCAGAGAAAUCAUCCAUGCUAGUUUCCAGAAGGACCCUCAGUUGAUUCGAAAGAACUGCAAGAAGAUACUGAAGCAGUGUGAGAGCAAAGGCUACAACUCAGUGGCCUUCCCCAUCAACACUGGCGAGGCCGGGAUGGACUCUGUGACAGCUUCUAAAGCCAUGCUGGACGGCAUGGCGUCAGCUGUUCGGGACAUGAAACCAAAUUCACUCUCACUCAUCCGCAUCGUCAUCCUGCAACAACCAGUGUUCCAGGUGUUCAGAUCAGAGCUGGAGAGUCGCUUUGGAAAAUCAGCCCCUUCCAGCUUCAAACUUAGAGAAUUCGCUCAACAGACGCUCAAGAAGUGGCAAGAGAAACGUUCAAAAACGUCUAAAUCUUCAGCACCACAAGGAAGAAGCUUCAUCUCCUCACAGCCUCAGCCGGCCGUGCUCAGUGUGAUUUGUUGCGGUCCAGACAUCACUGGCACCAUCAGGAGAGAUCUGGAGGACACCCUGCAGAAGCAGCUGAUAGAGAGAGCGGUCAGCAUGCGCGACUUCUCCUCGCUGGAUGACAUGGAGCUGGAGGCGGUGCUAGCGAAUGUCAGAGGCUUGGGAAUAAGUCUGGAGCUCAAGAGUCCUCAGGAUCCCAGGAGACAUCAAAGUUCAGAGAGUGCGAGAGGACGGAGAUCAGGAACGACUACGAGAGCUGAAGCCAGAGAUCGGUCGGCUGCAGGAGAAGAGGUCUACGUGCUGCGAGGCCUGAAAGAGGACGUGUUGAGCAUCACUGAACUUAUAAACAGAGCAAUACACGACGCACUUUCCGAAGAACUCCAGGACAAAAAAGAAGCAAUGAUGGCUCUCCAUGUGCAGUGGUCGAUUCAGGAUGCUCAGGGGGUCUGGCAGGAGCUGAGCCUGCAUGAAAACUUUGAGCUGGAAGACGCUCACAUCAACAAGCAAGUGUCGGCAGAAGUGACGGCACAAGACGCAACAGUGCUCAAAGUAAACCUGAAGACACUGGAGGCCACAGACUGGCAAACAGGGAAAACGUUCAAAGUGAAAAGGAGCGAAACUCAAACAACCUUGGAGCUGCCAACACAAUGGGAACCGAUGCACGAAGAAGUCUUUAAAAAGGUGGAGCUGCAACCUAACUCACAAGAGUAUCAGGUCGUCGCGCAGGGUUUCCUCAAAACGGCUAAAUACAACAUUCAAAAGAUUGAGCGUGUGCAAAACCUCUACCUAUGGCACGCCUUCUCUGUGUGUAGGCAGCGGAUCUUUUUCAAGAACGGCAGAGGAGAUGUUGGUGAGAAGUCGCUCUAUCACGGCACCUCAGCGGAGUCGUGCAACUGCAUAGAAAAGGACAAAUUUGACAGGAGCUACGCAGGAACACACGCUGCCAGGUUGGGAAAAGGAGUUUACUUUGCUGUCAACGCAGGGUAUUCAGCCAGUUCUUUCUCCCCACCGGACGCAUCAGGCCUGAAGCGUCUGUACGUCGCUCGUGUCCUGACCGGCCAAUACACUGUCGGCAGUCCCACCAUGAAAGCCCCGCCUCCUCGUGGCGCAGACCGCCCGGACUGCUUCGACAGCGUGGUGGACAACCAGCAGAGCCCCACCAUGUUUGUGGUCUUCCACGACGACCAGGCCUACCCAGAAUACCUCAUCACCUUCACCUGAGCAGUGACCGUGACAGCAGUUAAUCUCGGUUAAUGUUUUGCGUCAGGAUUAUUGUAGAAGCAGUGUAGUGGGGGUGUUUUAGCGUCAAAGCAUAGAGUGGCUGAUAAGUCUUGUUAUGUUAUGAAGCUUUGCGCAAUAACUUUUACAAUUAUAUAAUGAUAAGCUUUAUAAUUUAGUGACUGAGAGUCACAGGUAGCUCCAGACAGUUGAAGAGUGAAGCUGAACUGAGAUCAGUUCAAAACACUGAGAAGUUCUUAACAACCAGAGUUUAUCUCCGAUGUUCAGCAGGAAACUUUACAACAUGAAGAACUCUGAUCUCAGUUCGGUGGAUUAUUUACAGCAGCAGCUCUUCUGGUGCAGGAAGCAGAGGAUCAUGGGUAAUAUCCAGUCAGUGGGACGACACAGUCAAGAGAUUGAUAAAUCACUCAGCCCAUCAGAAUGAAUCAUGUGUGGCUGUAGAGGGCGCUGUUGCUCAGUAAAAGUUACAUAGUGUUGCUUUAACAUGUUUUCAUGUGUUCGUAGGUUUGAUGUCACGAAACAGAUUCUAACGAAUGGUUCUAUUUUUAUCACAACUCAUCAAUUAACAGGAAAUGGUGAGGAUAUAAUAGGUUAUGUGUAAAGCUGAGUGUGUGGAGGGAAAACACUGAUUCCAUUACUGUCCAGGUUGAAUAGUAACAAGGGUUGAAACCAGUGUGGUCAUGGAAAAGGAUUAAGAAAAGUGGUCACACUUGAUUCUUAUUCUUCACUUCAUAAUUAAAUAAAACGAUUAGAAAAGAGUAAAAUAAAUAAACUUGUAAUGAUGAAGAUUUUGUGACAAUGGAAUCCAAGUAACUUCUGAUAUUAUAAAUGUAAAUUGGAAGAGAAAACUGAAUCAAUACAAUAAGUGUCUGUGCUUUUGGAGAUUUAUUGACAUAAGAUUUGCAUUUGAUGGGAGAAAAAGACCAAGAUAAUAAAACUAAAAGAUUUGUAAUUAAGAUUCUAUUUCUGUGGCACAUUCUUGUGAUUUUGGGGCAUCAUGGAAUAAAAUAUGAUGGAAAAAAAA